AGGAAGAACUAAAAAAAACCCAAAACCCUAAAAUUGUGAAAUCUUCAGAGAUUUGAGAAUCUAAGCUUCAUUGUAUUGCCUAUGAAUUAAGAUGGGAAACAACAACACUACCGUUUUGCAUGAGGAAGAGAGCUGGAAGCUCGAAAACAAGGGAGAAUCUCAGGACCAAGUGUUGCUUGCUGAUGAAAAGGAAAAGGGUUUUGUUGCUGCUGGUGAUCCUGAUUCACUUGCCAAUGGGAAAACAGAGAAUGGAGUUCAUCCUCUGAACACAUCUGAUGAAACCAAACCGCAAACAAAAGGAUCCGAGGAGCAAAGAGAUGGAAAACAUGCGACUGCAGAGCUGGGGCUCUCAGAAAUCAGGGGAGAGAUACAUUCAGACGGAUCAGAUGUUGCUUCAGUGGCAGUUGAUCAUCAUUUUCUUCAGACAGAGACAUCGGUUACAGAAGGUGAACCAAUGGAUCAAUCGAGGGUGGUCGAUAAGGGCGAGAUUCCCGAGCCCGAAACUGAAAAGGUUGGGAACGAAUCGGUCGGGACAGAAUCUGGUGGAGACAAGAAUCCAGAUGAGAAGUCAGUCCAAGAAGAAACUGAACCUGACAAAGAAAAUUCUCUGGAGAGAGUGAAGAUUGAAGCUAAAGACAGUGACAGAGACAGAGAAGUAGAUGAAACAUCAAAGGAAACACAAAAGUCAAGUAGUGAUGGAGAUCUGUCUGAGAAUAAUGCAGAACAAGAGAUUCUGAAUCUGGAGAAUGAUGUUGAUGAUGAUGAUGAUGUUCCUCCCGUUGAACCCAUUCUGCAAGAGAUCGAUCCAUUUGAGAAGAGUGGCAUCGAAGUUCAGAUGAUCGAAAGAUGCAUGGAAGGACGUGAAACCGAUCUUAGACGAAUGUCCCGUUCCCGAUCUCUCCCUGUGAGAAGGAACACGGCUAGGGUUCUGACAGAUCCACUGGUUCAACCCAUUGAACGUUUUCUUUCUGAGGUUUCUUGCCAUUCAAGCAACAAAAACAAGUGUUUGAAGGAAGAGGUUGCAGAGGAUGUGGAAAACAUUCCUGUUUCUUGUGUCGCAAGAAACGAUGAGCAAGAAGUUGCAGAAACUGAGACUGACAACAUCGGAGAAUCCGAACCAGAGAUGCGAUCUCCUAGCUUCGGUUCUGACCUAAAAAUCGAAGCAAGAGCAGAGGAUUCAUCGGACAGAACUCCAUUGUUGUACGAAGAUAAGGCUGAAAUGUACGAAACAACGGUCAUGGUGGAAGAGAAAACGAUUACGAUGAAAAGAAGCGAAUCCGAGAGAUCGAGAAAGGAGGUUUUUGCAGCGUUGUUGAAGAAAGAGGACGAGAAAAAUGAAGCGGACGAUCAUUACGAAGAACCCGGGGGCUCGGGAGAUAACUUGCGUGACAAGAAACCCUCGUCGGACUCUCCGAAAGGCGGAGAAAGACGCCGGAGCAAAGCUUCACUCUUCGGCACUUGCCUCUGCUGUGCCACCGUGAUGAAGUAAAACACAUUUGACAAAAUUUUAUUUUUAUUUUU